UUGGUUUCUUUCUCCUCUCCCCAAUCUCCUCACUGUAUUGCUCUUCAGUCGAUCCAAUCCGUUGACCUAAUUCGAUCGAUACAUUUAUUAUCUUCAACCAGACCCGUUCCUUUCGCCUCUGUUGGCAAUAGUGAACGAGGAACUACAAUUUGGUUAGAUCGGUAACAUAUUGAAGCGAAGAAUGUGGAGUUUAUUGGCAGAGGUGAAGAAGAGCGGGAGUGAUAUCGGAGACUGCAAAGGAAGAGAUGUCUGGGUAUUAUAUUGUUGGAUUUGAAGUUGUUCCAUGCAGCGUGAAGCGUGAUCCGGCUGCCAUGUCGAAGCUUAACAUGUAUGAUAAAAUUGAUCCAAUGGACUGCACUCUGGAGCUUGACAAGUCCCAAUCAAUUUGGGGGCAAGAGAUCUCAGUUGCCUAUGAAGUUGUAUUUGUGAGAAUUGACAUCGGAUGUCUCUUAAGGUGGGAUACAUGCCUCAGGAUGGAGGGUGAUCGGGCUUGUUGUUAUAUGCAUUUUAAACGUCAUACUGUGAGUCAGCAAGAGAACAGGAGUUCUUCCAAUCUCAUUGUUCUUAGAUCUUUUGUCCUUGCGGUACUCGAUCUUGAUGCCACUUAGCCAUUUGGGUGGGUUACUGACGCACUUUGGCUUAGCAUUUUCAGCACUAUGUGCAAAAGAACCAGAUAACAAGAUAAAUUUCUUCUAGGUAGUAUCCUUUGUGGACUCUUCCCUUUGGAUCCCUCUUUGUUAAACUUUUCUUCAUCCUUCAUAGCACAUGGCUUGGAGGGUCCAUUAUGUGUUUGGAUUCCUACUCAUAGUCCUAUUGCUGGUCAGUGUCUGUGCUGAAGUUUCUGUUGUCCUAACUUACAUGCAUCUUAGCACGGAGGAUUGGCAGUGGCGGUGGAAAGUUUGCUUUGCUUCUGGAUCAGUUGGGUUGUUUAAGUUAUCAUGCUCCACCAGCUACUCGGUAUUUCAACUCAGGAGUUUCAGUGGGCCUGUUUUAUCUAUAAUGGUCUGUACCUUGGCUGUUCAUUGGUUAUGGCUCAUUCUAUUUCAUCUACUGGCACCAUAUAUUAUUCGGUAUCGUUUUACUUUGUUCACUACCUUAUUUAAUAUCCACUAGAGGUUUUGCUUAUUGAGAUGCAACAAUUCCUCACUCUCAGUUACAAUCUUAUAUCUGUUUCCAAUUUCCAAUUAUUUUUCAUUGGAAAUAUAUAUCAUGUUAAACAUGCCCAGAGUUAAUUUAAUAGGACAUAUGCUAAUGCUAGUAAUACUUUAUUUCAAAUGCAAACGUGAAAUUUUAUCUAGUUGGGGUAUGUUGUAAUUUGUGAUGCUGCAUCUUUUAAGUGCUUCUUUCAUUCUCACAAGGUGCAUUAAAAUGCAGGGGUGCCAAGAAUGCCCAAGUAUAUAACCUAAUAGACCAACUUGGCAUUUGUUUUCGGGUCUGUCAUGGUGCAUCUUCAGCCUUGUGACUUCUUCAAGAAGUAAAGGGGAUUGGUAUAGUGGCUGAUUGAUAACAUUUGUCACUAUAUGGGAAGUUUGAAGAUACUAAACCUUCUGCCACCUGUGGUUCGCCUAAAUGGUUGCCACCUCUUGUCUGCUCGAAGCUCAUAAUCAGAGACUUACUUGUGUUACCCGAGAUGUAUAGCUAUUUAAAACUGCAGCAAAUGGAUGCAGCAUAUUUACCUAGCAUAUGGAAUACGUCGUGUUGUGGAGCAAUCGUGGGUAUGUAAGGCAUAGGGUUGUUUCAUGAUAUGUCACGGAUAGGGUCAGUUGCUUCAGUAUUUGGGUCAAUUUCUCCAAUUGCUUAAUGCAUUGGGUAAAAUGUUUGCCCAUGCCAAGUAUUAGCUACUUUUUUUAUUGUCUCUAACAAUAGUGGUAGAAACAUCAAACUUCUGGAUGUGAUGUUAAUUGUUUGGUUCCUUUGUUGCUUGGAGCUUGUCUGGUAUGGAAUUAGACUGCCAUGAGACGUUUUGGACUAUUCCAGGUCAAAUUGGACUUGGAGCAACUUAGCUAAAGUUUCUAGUUGGUAAAUUAUAUUAUAUGAUCUUUUGUUUUUGUCAUCUUUGUAUGUUGUUGUAGCUUUUCUAGUGAUUGGUGGAAACUUUUCUUGUUGGAUUUAGGAUUCAUGUGACAUUUUAUGCUCAGCAAGAUUAACAUCUGUAUCAUGGAUUAAAACCCUCUAACUAGGAUAUCAAUACCUUCUUAUUAGCAUGUUCCACGCAACUAUCAUAUGUCAGCAUAUACACUCAGCUUUUGAUCCUCUUAAUUUGCUACGUGAAGAAAAAAAAAUUGUGAAGUGCAUUUUAUGUAUUCCUGAUUGCAUUCAAGAAAUGCAUUGAGUUCCAGAGAAAAUUUCCUGGACCAUCUGUGACAAUGAAUAAAUUUAAAUUCGUAGAAGGAUGUUGAUAUUUCCAGGUUCAAAAAAAUCUACUCUUAACUUCUAGGAAGAUGAUCAUGGUGACAUAGAAUGGUCUGCAAGACUUGAGCACAUAAAUAUAAUAUGUAGAUGCAAUGUAAUUAGGUGCUUUUCCUGAGACUAGUGUUUCUUUCAUGACUGGUGAGCUGCAUAGAUAUGCUUGUGGUUGAUCGGAUCUGUUUAUGUCAGGUAAGCUAUGUCAGAUAAGAUAUGAUGCAGUUUAAGCUUUCUACCAAACCAUAUAUAUUACUGUUUGUUACUGUGUUUAUAUUUUUAUAUUUUAUCUAAAAUAUUAGAUUAGUUCUUUACUUUUUAACACCUAUAGCUUUUGGUAUGGUGAAUUGCUUUCCUUCCCUUCUCUCUGCUAUCCAUGAUAACAGAACAUGUGUCUUGUCCAUUAUACGAGCAAUGAAAGUAUGUUUUGUUGCAGAGGAAUAAUGGAUGGUAGCAUAAGUAGGACAUCAAAUCGUUGGCAUUAAAAUGGUUCAAACAAUAUCCUUUUCCAUUAUGUUUUGUAAAACUUUUUUUUGCUUUGUGGGACUUCAAAUUGUUGUUUUAGUCUCAAUUUGCUUAAUAAUUUAAGAAAUAUAUGUCUUGAGGAAUUGUUCAUUGGUGCCGCAGCUCUUAAUUUUCUUAUAUUUUUUUAUCAAAUUAACAUGACCCCUUUUCUUGUGUAGGUUCCUCAGUAAAAUGUGCUGUAUCGAUGAAAAUAAUGUGAGUUGCUUGUGCUUUGAAAGCAACCCACAAGCUUUGUAAGAUUCUUGAAUUUACUGUGGAUGUCCUGAUGGUGAACAUCAAGCACUAUGGACACAUACAAACAAGCAUUGUUGGGGGAUACAGUGAAAACAGCUUUUUUUUUUUUUUCCCUUUAGGUGGUACGAUGGAAUGUUGAAAGUCGAAGCAGCUCUCAUUUGUUUUGUAUUAAUGUUAAAACAGGUUUUAGUUCAGAAUUAUAUUGUCCUUUUUUCCCCCUGUUUAUGUCUUGAAUGGUACUGAUAAGCUGCUGACUGAUCUGAAUCCAAUUUGAAAUUUUGGGUAAAGAUAUACUGAUAUUACCGGAGGAGAAGGUGGGGAUGACAACAACAACAAAUGCACCGACUGCUCCACUUGUGCAAGAGGGGUGUUCACAGCCCGGUGGGACCUCCUGCCAUGAUGCAUUGUCGCAGGAGUGGGUGAGCAUGACAGUGGCAUUUGUACAAACUACUGCCGAGGUAAAAAAGAUGUGAAGUGCAUCCAUGCCAAUGCACACACACAUAAACAAGUUGACAUUUGAGCUUUCAUGUCAAGCAACUCAUUAUGGUUGUGGAAGAGUGUUGAGGAAGCUUCACAUGUUCAGUCAAAGUUUGUCCAUCCCUGGGGAAGGCAGCAUUCGCUCAGCCCUCCGAUUCCUUCGUACUCCCAAAAAAGAGAGAGAUCACAUGGGGUGUUCAUCUCUUUCUCUCUGUCUCUCUGCUCUCUCUGUCACAUUUAUAGAGGCCUACUAUCUCAUCUCCCACCACCAACCCAUUCAUUUUCCUUCCAUAAACCACCGUUACCACCUGCAAUUCCUCUUCAUCAGCUCGCUCACUCAUCCAUGGGCUUCCCCUCCGUCUGCUACACCGUCAUCCUGCCGCGACCGGUUGCCUUCGUCGUCAACCUCCUCGACCGCAUCAAGCUCGCCGUCUCCAUGGCCCUCUUCUACCUCGGCCUCGCGACCUCCUACGAGGACUACUUCGCCUUCCCCCUGCAGCUCCCCGACCUGCCCUCCCCCCUCUCGCUUCCCUCUCCGCCUUCCGCCAUCAAGACCAGGCUCCCCGUCGUCAGGUUCUCCACCCUCCGCCCCAGCUCACACCACGGCGGCGAAGCCAUCUGCGCCGUCUGCCUCGGCGCCUUGGAGGCCAAGCACGAGGUCAGGGAGCUCGGCAACUGCUGCCAUGCCUUCCACAAGGCCUGCAUCGACAAGUGGGUGGACAUUGGCCAGCUCACCUGCCCUCUGUGCCGAGCUCAGCUGUUGCCCAACGGAAGCGAGGAGGAGGAGGAGGAGGAGCAGGAGGACGACGACGACGAUGCCGCGUUUGCUGAGCCUUCCCGAGGUUGAAGCCAAAGAAUAGCUAGCUGCAUACAGUGGGUUAAUACAGUGUUCUUGUACCCCUGAUGAACCAUAAUUUACCUACCUCAAGAGGCUUAUGUACAAAGUUGGUGCUAAGACUGACGAGUCACUUGAAAUCCUUUACUCUUUA